CUGUCGCGAUAGCAGUAACUUAAAACAUAUUUCUAACUUACAAAAUUUCAUUAGUCAUAAGCUAGGCACCACCUUGUUGUGUUGGAUACCACAUUGCUGUAUUUGAGAUACGUCUGUACCAAGUUUCAUCCAGGUCCGUCCAGCAGUUACUUACAUCAUUGCGUAUCAGUAGGAAGGACUAGGCAACUGCGUAACUACUGUGAUCCUACGGUUCAAGGGCCAGGAAUGUAUCAGUUGUGACCAUCGUUGACUACUAGCAUGUCCUGACAAGGAGCAACUGCAGUAUUAGGCAGAACGUGCAGUUUUGGAGCUAGAAAAACGUGUUAUGGAAUCAGCUUACGAACUACAUCUUGAUAAUCCAGUCAAAGAUGCCAACUGGUUUUCAAAGAUUUCUUUCUCCUAUCUUAUACCGUUACUUCGGAAAGCUAAAGCCAAGAAUUUAGAAGUUGGGGACCUGUAUAAUACUCCAAAAGACUGCGAAUCAUGUGAGCUGGGAUACCAACUCGAAAAACGUUCUCAAGCAAAGAUAUCGGAGGCCAAAGGAAAGGAGCUUAGGUUGGCAAUAUGUCUUUGCGAGCUUUUUGGACUGGAGUAUUUUGGAUGGGGAAUAAUGUUAUUUGUCUAUACUAUGCUGAACAACGUUUUACCUCUAGUUCUUGCGUCUCUAAUACGACAGUUUUCACAACGAGCAGAUACAAGUGAAAUGUAUUUGACAAGUGCGGCUCUAGUUCUACUCGCACUAGCUAAUAACACGCUUCACCAUCACUGCAUCUGUGGCAUGUUGAGAACUGGAAUAAAAAUCAGGGCCUCAAUAUCAACUCUAGUAUAUCGAAAGAUAAUAAGGCUGAACCAAAACGUGUUAGGUAGAUCAACAUCAUCAGGCCAGAUAAUCAAUCUGCUGUCCAACGACUUGUGCCGGAUUGAUACGAUGCUCUUACAUAUGCACACGUUUUGGAUACUGCCCAUCCAAGUUGUUAUCAUCUGCUACCUGAUUUGGAGACAAGUGGGUAUCUCCACCUUAGCGGGAGUAUUAUCCAUGACAAUAUUUAGCGUGCCUGUGCAAGGUUACUUAAGUAAACUGACAGGAAGACUGAGGCUGAAAAUAGCAGAAAAGACUGAUAAGCGAGUAAAAAUGAUGACAGAAAUCGUCAGUGGAAUCCAAGUAAUCAAAAUGUAUACCUGGGAAAAACCUUUUGAGAAUCUCAUUCAUUUUAUUAGAAAAAGUGAGGUAAAUGAGCUUACAAAAUCCUCCUACCUAAAUGGUUUCUAUAACAGCUGCAUGGUCUUCCUUGAUAGGCUGUCACUGUUCACUACAAUCGUUUGCUAUGUAUUGUUAGGUAACAGUUUAACCCCAGAUAAAGUGUUUUCAAUGGGACAGUUAUUCAACUUUCUUCAACUACAAGCAGCUGUCCAUUACCCUAUGGCAGUAACUUCGACAUCACAGUGCUGGGUAUCCCUAAAAAGGCUAGAACAAUUUUUGGCCCUCGAAGAAAAAGAAGAGUCACGUAUACAAAAGUGUAAUAAGGGAGAAUUGAGUUUGAGUAGUGUCUCGGCAUCGUGGACCAAAGUCGUUCCAACCCUGAAACAUAUCACGCUGCAUCUGAAGCCAGGUUCUCUAUGCGCAAUUGUGGGUCCAGUUGGUGCAGGAAAGAGCUCUAUCAUACAGGUCCUCCUAGGAGAGCUUCCAUUUUCCAGUGGAACGACCAAAGUUGGUGGAGAUAUUUCUUAUGCUUCCCAACAGCCAUGGCUUUUCUCAGCCACAGCAAGACAGAACAUAAUCUUUGGACUGCCGUAUGAUAGAAAAAGAUACAACAAGGUGGUCAAGGUAUGUGCCUUGAAGAAGGACUUUAUGCAAUUUCCGUAUGGAGACCAUACAGUGGUUGGUGAUAGAGGAGCUUCACUGAGCGGAGGACAAAGGGCGAGGAUCAAUUUAGCUAGAGCUGUAUAUAGACAAGCAAGCAUAUACCUUCUCGACGACCCUCUAUCCGCUGUGGAUGCACAUGUCGGCAAACACCUCUUCAGUGAAUGCAUCUACAAGUACCUUAGGGGAAAGUUAAGAAUCCUAGUCACACAUCAACUGCAAUUUCUCAUGAAGGCAGAUGUAGUCAUAGUGGUCAAUCGAGGAGAAAUAGAAGCUGUGGGGACAUAUAACGAGCUAUCAUCACAGAAUCUUGACUUUUCUAAGCUUCUCAAGCUUCAAGAGGAGGAUAACGAAAACGUAGAUGAUGAUGAUGAUAUCGGAAUCAGAAGAAAUAGUGUCCGAAGCUCUACAAGAUCUACAAGUAGUAUCGAUUCAACAUCAGAUAUCUGUGACGUAAAACAAUUUGAUGACAAUGAAACAGAUACAGUUAAACAUCAAGUCAAGUCUCCCUUGAAGGAAUACAUUAUGGCCAGCAGUGAUAAUUUUUUAAUUUUUUCCCUGUUCGUUGUGCUCAUCCUGUCACAAGGAAUGUGCUCUGGUAAUGAUUACUGGGUAGCCUACUGGUGAGUAUGUGAAGCAGCUGAAGGCACUUAUUCCGUCAUGGUACCGAGUUGAGUUUUCAGGUGUUGAUAUUUCACAAAAUGCUAAUGAAGCGGUUAGUAAAGUUUUAUUCUUGUCUGUCAGCAACAGUUAGCAGGCAUUAAACGUUGAGGAAACAGGGAUAACUAUGAAAAGUUGAUAUUAUAAGUGAAUUGGAUGAAAACUAGCGAGCUAGCGGAAAGAGCGAAUAAGCUGUAUACUUUAUUUUAUUUCAGGACAACGCAAGAAGAAAUAAGACACUCUGGUGCCUCGAAUCCUCUACAUUUACAGACAUCAAAUAACGAAACUAUACACAUCCCCAACAUAUAUCCAAAUAAACUACCUAACUAUUCAUACAACCUAUCUACAGAUAUCUCAAACAUGAGUCAGAAACCAAAUUCAAGUAACUUUUAUGAUGACUUUAUAUACAGAAGCAAAAUCUACCAUAUUUUCAAAACAGAUAUUGCAAUCUCGAUAUAUGGAAUAUUGAUGGCAAUUGUCAUAGUCUUCAUGGUAGCGCGUUCGAUCAUGUUUUUCAGAAUGUGUAUGUUAUCGUCAAUCAAUCUACAUCGGACAAUGUUUACCUCCCUUCUGGCUGCACCGAUGAGAUUUUUCAACACAAAUCCCAGUGGAAGGAUAUUGAACAGAUUUUCCAAGGAUGUGGGAGCUGUGGAUGAACUGCUGCCAAUGAAUUUGAUUCAGACUAUUCAGAUAGGGAUGGUUGUAGUUGGUAUAUUGGUCAACGUUUGCGUGGCAAACAACUACGCAGCGGUCGCUGUCAUAAUUCUAGGAUUUGUAUUUUUCAAGAUCUACGAAGCCUUCAAGGCUACUACUAAAGGCCUGAAGCAUCUAGAAGGAGUCACUAAGUCUCCGGUCUUCACCUAUAUCAACUCAACAGUUACCGGCUUGGCAAGCAUAAGAUCAUGCAAAAUCGAAAAUAUCUUAGUUCGUCAGUUCGAUAGCCAUCAAGACGUGAAUACAUCAUCGUGGUGGUUACUUGCAGCAGUUCAGUGUGGCCUUGGCAUUUGGAUAGACGCUUUAUGUGCAGUUUUCAUUGCUUGUAUUGCAUUCAGCUUCAUCGUGGUGCAAUCAGUUUUAGGAAACACGGACGGGAGCAUGGUAGGCCUUGCACUGCAACAGGCAUUUAUUUUGACUGGGAUGCUCCAGCAUGGUCUACGACAAGCUUGUGACGUAAUCAGUCACCUUACUAGUGUAGAAAGGGUCCUGCAGUAUACGGCUGUGGAGCCUGAGGAGCAUCUCGAUGAGCCCAAAGAUGUGCCGAGUGAUUCUUGGCCUAGCAAAGGUACAAUACAAUUUCAACAACUGUAUUUGAGAUACGACGUAACCGAGCCUUUUGUGCUGAAAGGAAUCAGCUUCACCAUAUGUGACGGGGAAAAGAUUGGGGUUGUUGGUAGAACCGGGGCAGGAAAGUCGUCAUUGAUAGCUGCCCUUUUCCGCUUGGCUCCAUUAGAGGGAGCUAUUUACAUAGAUGAAGUAGAUACCCAGAAAGUUAGUCUACCAUAUUUACGCAAACAUAUUUCAAUUAUUCCUCAAGAACCUGUUUUAUUUUCUGCCAGUGUGAGGUAUAACUUGGACCCCUUUGAAGAAUUUGGGGAUGCGGAGAUCUGGAGAGCUUUAGAAGAGGUAGAGUUGAAAUUAGCAGUUCCUUCCUUAGACUUCCUGGUGUCAGAGGGCGGAGGAAAUUUUAGUGCAGGAGAAAGGCAACUUCUAUGCUUAGCCAGGGCAAUUUUAAGAAACAACAGGAUACUGAUCAUGGAUGAAGCCACAGCUAAUGUAGACCAAAGGACUGACGCCUUCAUCCAAGAGACAAUCCGAAGGCGCUUCAAAGACCGCACAGUUAUAACAAUAGCUCAUAGACUGAAUACGAUAAUGGACUCUGACCGAGUAAUGGUGAUGAGUUCCGGAAGUGUACUGGAAUUCGAUCAUCCGCACAAAUUGUUACAAAUCCCUGAGGGACAUUUUCACAAGAUGGUUCUUGAAACGGGCAGGCAGAUGGCGAACGAACUUGAAGAUAUCGCAUUAGAGGCUUAUCACAAGAAGUACCAGUGAUUUAUUUAUUUAUUAUACAUUUGUAUAAAAUUGCAUACUAUUCGACUCAGGUUUGACGAUACUGGUCGUAUGGAUUUACAUACGUUAAUGGAAAGUUUAACAAAGUUAUUCAUUCGUAUUAUAUAAAUUCAAAUAUCUCUUAUUUCAACCGAGAUCCGCAUUCUUUGUCAUUUGUGCCGGAAUAUUGUAAAACACGUGGUUUCUUAACCCCUUGUUAAUUAUUCAAUCAUGGCAGACAUUUGUUCUAAGUCUAAAGCAAUGGAAUUACUGAGCAUGAGCCAUUGACUUAAAUGUCAGAAUACGGUAUUGAGCUUAACGUUGAAGUUCAUCGUAAUAUAAUUACCUAUCUCUAUUACCUAUAAUUAAAUUAUGAAUCGUAAAA